GCGGCAAGCAUUGGGAAGCCGUCUCUGACCAAAGCGAUUUUCGCCAACUCGGAAACUUCUUGAACCAGCGCAACUCGGGUUCUUGUACCCCAUACCCCAUACCUCCGUUUGAGCAGCCCAAUACAAAGACACAGCCGAAGAAGACAAAGAUGUUAUUUCCCGAGGAGGACACUCCUCACUUGAAAGCAUGGAUCGUCAAACGAUUGGAGAAUACAUCCGAUGCCGACCCUGACGUGCUCGCCGACUACGUCCUGGCCCUCUUGCGCCACGAUGGCGACAUCAACGACGUGCGCAAGCUCUGCGAGGACGAGAUUCCCGACUUCCUGAAAGAAGACUCGCCCGUUUUCGUGAACGACGUGUUCGAGGCGAUCGCAUACCGCUCCUACCUGCCCGGCGCCCCUCCCCCACCUCCCAAGAACACAGCUCUUCCGCCUCCCAGUGCAGCCGGUCAACUCAAUCCGGGCCUGUACUACGAUGACGGCUCCAUGGGCGGGGCCCCGACUACUUAUCCGCCGCGGUUUCCGAACGGGUCGAGGAAGCGGGCAUACACCGACUGGGAUGAUCCGAACGCGCAGAAUGGCAGAGAUGGUGGCGGUGGCGGUGGCUAUGGCGGGAGGACGUUCAAGCAAGCUCGGCGAGGGGGACGAGGGGCCGGGCCGAACGAGCUGCACAACAACUACGGGAACGGUGCCCCGGGAGCCCCUCCAUACCCCCCUCCAGGUCAGUUUCCGACAGACGUGCCCCCGGGCCCCUCGACAGUCGGAUACUUCGAUCCAAAGGGCGGCAUGGGUGCCAUGUAUGGGAUGAGCUUAGCCGCCGGCCACCCCAUGCCUGAGCUCGCACGGGGCCACUUCCCCCCGAAGAAGAGGAAGAAGUGCCGCGAUUGGGAAAAGAAGGGAUACUGCCCUCGCGGGACCAAUUGCACGUUCGCUCACAGCAACGACCCGGUCUAUCCUCCCGUGCCUGGCCCCCCUUUCGGCAACCUGCAGGCGCCGCCCCAGCCUCAGGCGGUAGAAGAAUAUGACCCUACCAAUGCGCUCAUGCCUGAUGUUUACAAUCCGCCCGACCCUUACCAGGUGCAACCAUCUAUCCCAGACUUUGGCCAACAGCAAAGAGCCAGAGGAGGCAAGCAACCGAGCCGUCACAAACGCGGCGAAAAGGCGCCCUUCUCCGCGGACGGACCCGUAUUUGACAAGACCCGGUCGACGAUUGUGGUUGAGAACAUCCCGGAGGAGAACUUUGACGAGGCGCAAGUCAGGCAGUUCUUCUCGCAGUUCGGCAACAUCCUCGAGGUUUCGAUGCAACCAUACAAGCGAUUGGCCAUAGUGAAGUACGACAGCUGGAGCGCCGCCAAUGCCGCUUACCAGUCACCAAAAGUGAUAUUUGACAAUCGUUUUGUCAAAGUGUUUUGGUACAAGGACGAAGGGUCGACACUUCCAGCUUCCGGCUCCACAGCAGGAGGGCCACCGGGGGCCAAGAAGGUCAAACACGCCAACGGGUCGUUCGGGGCGGAUGGCCAUGACGCCGGCGCUCAGUCCCAUAUAGACUUGGAGGACUUCGCCAGGAAGCAGGAAGAGAAGCAGAGGGCGUUCGAGGAGAAGACCCGGAGGAGAGAGGAGCUCGAACGCCAGCGCGAGGAACUCGAGAAACGGCAAAAGGAGCUUCUUGCCAAGCAGCAAGAGGAGAAGGCAAAGCUGGAGGCGAAACUGGAGGCGAAACUGGGGAAGCACAGCAGCACCAAAUCCGAAAACGGCGAAGGCACUUCGAAGAAGCCCAUGAGCCAGACGGAGGCGCUCCGCGCACAGCUGGCAGCUCUCGAGGCAGAGGCAAGGCAGAUGGGCCUCGAUCCCGACGCUAUGGACGCCCCUUCGCCGUGGCCACCCAGGGGCGGUUACGGUCGCGGAAGAGGCGGCUGGCGGGGAUCGGCACCACCUUAUAUGGCUCGCGGGUCGUACCGGGGCAGCUUCCGCGGCCGUGGCAAUGUCCAUGCCGCCUAUGCCGCCUACACACUCGACAACCGGCCCAAGAAGGUUAUUCUCACAGGAGUGGACUUUACCGUACCCGAAAAGGACGAGGCCCUACGACAAUACCUUUUUGGCAUCGGCGAGUUUACCGACAUCCAGACAACGCCGUCCUCCACCGAAAUCACCUUCAAAGACCGCAAAACGGCCGAAAAGUUCUUCAAUUCGGUGCUUCUUGCAAACAAGGAAAUCCCCGGUCUGGGUGACGCCUCCUCGUCCCUCGACCUCGCCUGGGCCAGCUCCAACAGCGCCUCGGGCUCGGCGUCCACCACCCCGGGCGCCCGCACCGGGAGCAGCUCCACCGAUCGCGGAGCCGAAGGUGCGACGAACCGCGAGCAACGGGGCACGGUGCCUGCCGACAACGAGGACGGCAAUGACAAGGACAAGGAUGACGACGCGGGAGCAGCAGCAGAAGAAGAAGAAGAAGCAGCAGCAGCAGCAGGGGCAAGUAGCAGCGAUAAGGACGUGCACAUCCAGCUGGAGCAGGCGCCGACGACGAGCGAUCAUCCCGGUCAGUACAACAACCAUCACCGGCAGCACCCGCACCGUCAGGAAGGGAGUCGAGACCAUCAGAACAUGGACUACGAGGUGGCCGAUGAGGAACAGUGGGGGUAUUAGUAGUACCAUUCCGACGGUCCCCCCCCCCCCCGGCCCCCCCUGAUCUUUGGUUCCCC